AUGUAUUUGACCAGUCCACUCGAAUGGAAUCAAUUUAAUCCAAAUACAUUCGAUGGUCUGUAUUAUAAUUCAACAAAAUCGAUUCCAGUCACCGAUCUACACAUGAAACGUUUGUUUUUGUCAAAUUUACCGCCACGAAAUACUUCAACAGUGAAACAUAUAAUCAAUUAUUGGCUUCUCAAUGGUGGUGGUGGUUCUCAAAUUGUAAUGGAAUCAUUUGGAAUAUCAAUGUUGCAACAAAUUAUUUCGAAUAAUUACCAUGAGAAAUAUCAUCAAACGAAUCCAAUUAUAUAUUUAUUUCAAUACAGAGGAGCGGGAUUAAGUAAACCAUCCAUUCAUUGUCAUACGGCGACAACUUGGGUUGAUUGUGCACAAGAAUUAAUUCAAACAACAGUACCAACUUCAGUGAAUGAAUCAUUGAGAAUAAUUCAUGCAAUGUCAAAUCAAAAUAUUGCUCAAGAUUUACAGUAUCAAAUUCAAUAUUCGAUUAAUCAAUCGCAAUUGAUAAGUCCAACAUCAACUUAUAUCUAUGGACUCAGUCAAGGUACAGCCAUCAUUCAAUAUUAUUUAUCAAUUCAAUCGAUCAAUUCUCAAUUACAACAAAUCAACGGAGUAAUUCUCGAUGGAAUUAUGUCAAUAAAAAAGGGGGAUACAUUUGAAAAUCAAAUCAAAUCUAUAAACAAUCGAUUUUAUAUGUAUCUAUCAAAAUGUCAAAAUGAUAUUCAAUGUUUGAAAGCCUUCAAUCUUGUUACUGGUACUGAUCAGGAUAUUAUAGGUGUAACAUUAAAAUUACAAAUGCUCUUUUUGACAAACAUGACUAAUCCUCUCUGUACCACUAAUUUGAGAUUGAAUAGUUGGAGGUUGUUUUCACUUAUUGCCAGUCAAGGAAUCGAACUUAUUACUACUCGGCCAAUUGCUGCCAUUCUCAUUGCUCGUAUAUAUCGUUGUUCUGCUGAAGAUCAACGAGUUUUAUCUCAUGCAUUGCCAAUUUUGAUUGCAUUGGUAGAACAAUCGUUAUCGCCACAAUUUGUCGAUCCGCCGGAUAGGUAUCCGGCUGAUGGCAUGGUUUUAAGUAUUGUAACAGUAUGGAGUGAUUUUGUUGGCUUUACUUUGGAUGAAAAUGUUAAAACGAAUCCUAGUUUUUUCAAUGAGUUUUGCAUCAAUGUUAAUGUCACCAAUGAAUUUUCUUUCGCACCGAUUGGUCCAAUCCCACUUUGUCGUGAAACACAAAUAUCGAAAAAUAAUUAUUCUAUACCAUCCGUAUUUCAAGAUAUUUUGUAUUCGAAAAAUCCACGUUAUUGGGGCAAUUUUCAAAUCAAUCCAGAAAUAUUUCGGUCACGUGAAGGUGGUGCAUUGAUGUUGAAUGGCGAUUUAGAUUACAAUACACCGAUGUAUGGUGCACAGCAAACUCAACUAUUAUUUCAAUUAGAACAUAUUCGAACAAAAUUUGUCGAAAUGAAAGAUCUAACGCAUGUUACGAAUUUUCAAUCGUAUACGAAAAAUGCUGUAGUUGGAUCGACAACAUGUACAGAUCAGAUUAUAGUUCAAUUUUUAUAUCAACAAGAAUUGAAUUUAGAUUUGGACGCAAUCGAUUGUAAUUGCAGUUUGAAAGAAAAUUUGUUUGGAAUCGAUUGGUUUUAUUCGAAUCCGGUUGUUAAUGAAACAUUAUAUCAAAUGUUUGGUAAAUCAACAACAAAUUAUUGGGGAAUAAAUAUAACAUCUCAUGAAACAUUGUAUUCUAUUUGA